GUAAUAUUGCCUCGGGUAUGCAGUUUCCCUUCCAGAGUGGUAGAUCAGUGAGAAAUGGAAUGCUUGGAGGAGUCGAUGUCUGACUGCAGUGUGGAUUCUAAUGAUCUACCACCAAUGCCGCCAUUGAUAAAGUCGAAGAGGACUAAGCUCAACCGAACGUUCAGAGAGCAUGGUCCAUCGUCCGUUCCACCAUCUCCUGCGUCAAACCUUUUAGAAGAAAACAUGGAGAAAUCGUUGUGUAUGAGAUCCGCUUCACUGGAAAACAGAGAAGACACGAGCAGUAUACCCUCUGAGUAUACCAGUAGCACAAUUCCUGUGUCUCCUCAGCCAUUGAUAAAAUGGACAAUUCCUUCAGCCAGUAUUUCUAAUCGUCAGCCAGCUUUCGAACAGGCAUUUCAAACCGCCGACAAAAGCCAAAGGGAUGAAGCAACGUCUAGUACACAGUCUGAAAUGGAAGACGUGGUGAACCGGACUUCAACGUUCAGCGGGUAUGAGAAACAUGCAUCGCCUGUGAAGCUACCUCUUCAGUUUGAAAUGGAUGGCUUAACUCCAGCCACAGCGUCAAAUACUGGAGUUUUUGGUGGACGGACACCUGACCUGUGGGAGCAAGCUGAUGCGUUUGGCAUGUCAGUGGAACGAAGACGUCCUAUCGGACAACAUUCUUACUCUUCUACGGUUGUGGCUAAGAAUCAGGAUCCGUACAAGCGUUCUAAGUGUAAGACAUUACAGAGGUGUCAGGUUUGCCAAAAAGAGUUCAAGUACGCUUCUCGCCUCCGCGUGCAUGAACGUAUUCACACUGGAGAUCGACCAUUCAAGUGUGAUGUAUGCGGGAUGUCUUUCUCUCACUCGUGCACUCUAUGUGUUCAUAAACGUACUCAUACCGGAGAGAGACCGCACAAGUGUAAGACAUGUGGCACAUCGUUCACGCAUUCAACCGCUUUACGCAGGCAUGAACGUAUUCAUUCUGGAGAAAGACCUUUCACUUGCAAGACAUGUGUAAGGUCUUUCACACAGUCAUCCCAUCUCCGGAACCAUGAACGUAUACAUACAGGAGAACGUCCUUAUAGGUGCAGAGAGUGCUCAAAGGUCUUCAGAACAUCAUCAUGUCUUCGUAGACACGAGCGUAUUCAUAACCGAAACUGAAAAGCCUAAAUGUUGCUUGAAAGUGUUUCACUAUGUGUAAAAAGGCAUUUCUCCUCUUCGUGCUCAUGAAUUGUACGAACAAGAGAGAGAUAGAGAGAAAGUGUUUGUCUGUUAGAACGAUAGUGUACAUUCGAAGCAGUUAAAAAAAUCCACUCUUUGAUGCUAUUUACACAAAUCUGAAUGUAACCAUACACGAUAUAGCCUAUGAUAGUCUAGAAUCGCAAGCUGAUGUGCAUUAUGUAGUUCGGUAUUUGUGUUCUAUGCCAUGGUCUCGUUUUCAUGUAUUAUGUCAGAUGGUAAUAGUAGUUUUCUGGUAUAGUCUUUGAAAUCAGAAAGUUUUACUUUAUAUAGAAAGAAGAUAUGAGCGAACGCUUUGUUGAAUGAACAUGUCUGAGAAGACUUGUA